UUUCGCCUUUUCUCUAACUUUCUCUCUUAAAAAUCUCUCUCUCUCACUUAUUUCAGCUCUUUCUCAUUUCCUUUCUUUGACUUGUUAAAGAGUUUUGUUUUUUUUGUUUUUGGAAAAGAAAAUUAUUUGGGUUUUUGCUUCUCAUCAAAUCAGAGAUAACAGGUUACCAUUUCACCAUUUUGCUUCUCCUAUCUUCUAACUGAGACUUGCAUGAACCGGACUUUUCAGGAUUCCUUGGCAUUAAUAAAAGUUAGGAACUGUCUGAGCUUAAGGCCCCUUACAGCUUCCAAGAAUUGAAUGUAGUAAAAUGGGGUGUUUCCCAGUUUUGAAAAGCAAGAAGAAAAGGCCUGAGCCAUCUCUUUCCAUUAAAAGAGUCAGUCCAAAGGAGCAGACGCCGACCAUACUACCUGAGCCCCAGAUCCCAACUCGUUCACUGCAGUCAGCACCCCCUAGUUUUAGAACCAGAGUGAAACCUGUCCAACCAGAAAAUAGAGUAACUAACAGUAGGGCACGGGCACUGUCAGCUCCAGAAAGCCUUGAUGCUGCUGAACAAGAUGAGCUUGCAGCAAUUGAUUAUGAUGAGCAUGAAGAGUCAAAAAGCAGAGGUAGUUUGGCAAGGGAACACCCUAGUCCGCAGCCCCUUCCACUUCCUGCUGCUGCAUUGAAGCCUAUGGGUAGCUUCAAAGGUGUGACUGGCAGUGGUCCUCUCUUUGCUUCUGGGCCUCUGCCGCUGCCUCCAGGAGGAACACACAGUGGAACGCUAAAGAUCUAUUCAUAUGACGAAAUUAUAUCAGCUUGCCGCAAUUUCUCCUCAGAUCGAUGUGUAUCUGAAGGUCUUUCUUCCACCAUAUACAGGGCUUCCUUUGCGGAUGACACUUCAAGUUCAAAGAAGUUUGAAGCUAGCGUAAUUCGUCUUCAUUCAUCCAGCCAGGGUUUGAAGGAAUUUAUCAAUGAGGUUAAUACCCUUGCAUCCUUGCGACAUCCAAACCUAUGUAAAUUACUGGGUUACCAUGCGCGCGAUGGGUCAGAGCAAAGAAUGCUGGUGUAUGAGAGGCUUUAUCAUGGAAGCUUGGACCGGCUUUUGUAUGGGAGAUCAGAUGGGCCUCCCAUUGAUUGGAAUACCAGAAUGAAAAUCGCUUUAUGUGCUGCACAAGGUCUUACUUUCUUGCACGAAGAAGGGCCUUUCCAGGCAAUGUACAAUGAAUUCUCUACUGGCAACAUACAUAUUGAUAAAGAUUUUAGCGCAAAGCUUUCAGGAUAUGGUUGUGUUGGUCAUAUUCCCGAGACAGAGAUCCCUAAGAGUUCAGUGGCUGUGGCAAAUCUCUCAGUAGAGACUCUGGAGAAAGGGCUAUUGACUCCAAAGAGCAACGUUUGGAGUUUUGGAAUUGUUCUGCUGGAACUACUUACUGGCAGGAAGAAUCUUGAUAACCGUCAUCCCAAGGAAGAGAGGAACUUAGUGAAGUGGAGCCGACCUUUCCUCGCUGAUGAUUGUCGACUGUCACUGAUUAUGGAUCCUCAGCUAAAAGGUCGUUUCCCAGUGAAAGCAGCCCGGACAGUGGCCGACAUUGCUCUUAGAUGCCUUCAGAAGGACCCAUUGGAAAGGCCAACUAUGAGAACUAUUGUAGAACAUCUUAAAGUUAUACAAGAUAUGAAAUACUCUACUCGGUUUCCUUUGCAAGAGCCAGCUGCAGUUGCAGGAAAACAGAUGUCUAGGUCACCGAGUCUUAACGGGAUAGUUACUCCAGCACCCAGAUUAAGUUUCUCUCCAUCACCGCCGUCAAGGGUUCGACCAUCAUUUUCUCCUACGAGGCCACCUGCUUUGCCAAUGUCUCUUCCUCCUCGUGCCUGUUCCUCGACCCUCUCAUUCGAGGAAUUGGAAAGACAAGAAAGCCGUAAAUCAUCAUCAUCAGCUGUGCGAAGGCCUAGUGUUGAAGGAUUUUGAUUGUUAAUAUGCAUUUUUUCAUUUUUUUUUUGAAAUGUUUUUGGCUCAUUCAAUAGAAUAUAUAGAAAGAUAAAAUUUGGUUCUUCCUCCUUUCCAAUCCCUCCGAGAUGAUAAGAGAGGAUGGUAUUUUGUAGAUAGCGUGUAAGCCUGGUCCUCACCUGGCCUGAUUAGUUCCUGUAAUCCACAAUGCCAUUUAUAUGAUAGUGUUUAAAUCCACUCUCUCUCCUACCCUCGGUGAUUUUGUUUUGAAAUGAAAUGAAAUGACUUGUUUACUCUCUUC